UGCCUCAGUAGCCGCCAUAUUCGCAGCUAUGGCAGGGUAGCGGUUCCGUAGCAGAACGCAUGGUCCAAUCACUGACAUCAAAUACUCACGCACUGACACCCCCCACCCCUAAAAAAACCAACAACAACAAAAAAAAAAAAAUACCCGGAUCGUGGACCACAGACAUCCACGCAUCUCCCCUCCGAACGACCGAGCAAAGCAGCCGGGACUCUAAAGUGGGGGGGGGGACAUGCACUUUGGAGCGAGGGUCUAAGUGGACGAGGAUGCCUUAGAUUUAAAGAGGAAUCUUGGCACAGCAUGGAGAUAAACAACGUCAGUACUGAGGUCAAUGGACAUCAGAUCAUGGAUGAGCCCAUGGAGGAGGGGGAGUGUUACACGCACUGUGAUGAAGGGACCUAUAAGGAGAUUCCUAUCACUCAUCAUGUGAAAGAGGGGUGUGAGAAAGCAGAUCCAUCGCAGUUUGAACUCCUCAAGGUUCUGGGUCAGGGCUCUUUUGGGAAGGUAUUUCUGGUAAGAAAAAUUGUGGGUCCAGAUGCCAGUCAGUUAUAUGCAAUGAAAGUUUUAAAAAAGGCAUCGUUGAAAGUCAGGGACAGAGUUCGCACCAAGAUGGAGAGAGACAUCUUAGUGGAGGUCAAUCAUCCCUUCAUAGUGAAAUUGCACUAUGCCUUUCAGACGGAAGGGAAACUGUAUUUAAUACUGGACUUUCUCAGGGGAGGAGAUGUAUUCACUCGCUUAUCCAAAGAGGUUAUGUUUACAGAGGAAGAUGUGAAAUUCUACCUUGCAGAGCUGGCCCUGGCCCUUGACCACCUGCACAACUUGGGCAUAGUUUACAGAGAUCUCAAGCCAGAGAAUAUCUUACUUGACGAAGCUGGGCAUGUAAAGUUAACAGACUUUGGCCUGAGCAAAGAGUCAGUGGAUGCUGAUAAGAAGGCUUAUUCUUUCUGUGGUACGGUGGAGUAUAUGGCCCCUGAGGUGGUCAACAGGAGAGGACACACACAGAGUGCUGACUGGUGGUCGCUGGGUGUACUAAUGUUUGAGAUGCUCACGGGGACGUUACCAUUCCAAGGGAAAGACCGCAAUGAGACCAUGAACAUGAUUCUCAAAGCAAAGCUAGGAAUGCCUCAGUUCCUUAGUUUGGAAGCACAGAGUUUGCUAAGGAUGCUGUUUAAACGAAACCCCACAAACAGACUAGGGGCUGGACCUGACGGCGUGGAAGAGAUCAAACGCCACGCUUUCUUCUCCACCAUCGACUGGAAUAAACUAUACAGGAGAGAGUUGCAACCCCCAUUCAAGCCUGCGGCUGGUAAACCAGACGACACAUUCUGUUUUGACCCAGAGUUCACUGCAAAGACGCCAAAGGAUUCCCCAGGUAUCCCUCCCAGUGCAAACGCCCACCAGCUCUUCAAAGGCUUCAGUUUUGUUGCUCCCACGCCAAUGGAUGAGAACAAGAGUUCCCCGCUCCUCAGUAUACUCCCAAUAGUGCAGAUGCAUGGGGGGUCCAAAUUUUUGGACCUGUACGAACUGCAGGAGGACAUUGGAGUUGGUUCCUACUCAAUUUGUAAACGCUGUGUUCACCGAAUCUCUGCCAUGGACUAUGCUGUGAAGAUUAUAGACAAAAGUAAGCGGGACCCUUCUGAGGAGAUUGAAAUCCUGAUGCGAUACGGGCAGCAUCCCAACAUCAUUACGCUGAAGGAUGUGUAUGAUGAAGGCAGGUAUGUUUACCUGGUGACUGAGCUGAUGAAAGGGGGGGAACUGCUAGACAAGAUCCUCAGGCAGAAGUUUUUCUCUGAGCGAGAGGCCAGUGCUGUGCUUUACACCAUCACCAAGACUGUUGACUACCUCCAUUGCCAAGGGGUAGUACAUCGAGACCUGAAGCCCAGCAACAUCCUGUAUAUGGACGACUCUGGGAAUCCAGACUCAAUCAGGAUCUGCGACUUUGGUUUUGCAAAGCAGCUUCGAGGGGGCAACGGCCUGUUACUAACACCUUGCUAUACCGCUAACUUUGUGGCACCAGAGGUACUAAUGCGGCAAGGUUAUGACGCAGCCUGUGAUAUAUGGAGUCUUGGAGUUCUGUUAUAUACAAUGUUGGCUGGGUACACCCCUUUUGCAAAUGGGCCAAAUGACACACCAGAGGAGAUUCUUCUUCGAAUAGGCUCUGGAAAGUUUUCUUUGACAGGCGGUAACUGGGAUACUGUAUCAGACACCUCGAAGGAUCUCCUGUCCCACAUGCUCCAUGUGGAUCCUCACCAGCGAUACACGGCAGAGCAGGUUCUAAAGCAUUCCUGGAUUUCCUGCAGAGAUGCACUGCCACACUUCCAGCUUACACGCCAUGACGCACCACACCUCGUCAAGGGAGCCAUGGCUGCCACUUAUUCAGCGCUGAGCCAGAAGACAAGCCAGCAGCCCGUGCUCGAACCCGUAGCUGCAUCCAGUUUAGCCCAGCGACGCAGCAUGAAGAAACUCACCUCAACGGACAUGUAGAAACACACACACACAAGGGAGCCCAUGCUACCUUUCAGACCUCAAUCAGUCAAAUCUACAGUCUCCCAUUUUCAUGUAUUUAUUUGACAAAACAGACACACACAUCCUCCAUGCACAUGUCCACUUGACAAGGCUAACUGCAAAGAUCAGCUCAAACGUAAGACUAGACACUUGUAUCUGUUACUGCUGGCGACAGACUUGUAUUUAUUUCCACAGCUUUCAUAUGCACUUGCCCUCCUCGCCUUUCAUUCUUUCUUCCUUGGGAAGAAAUGCACCAGCUGAUGUUCUCCUUCACUGUGAUUGGCUGAUACAAAGCUGCUUCGGUAAACUGUGCCCACCCCUCGCCUCCCACUGCUCUUCAUCUAUGUUCUGCCAUCCUCUCCGCCUCAGUUAUUUCUCCUUCCUUGACUUAGUUUGCACUCUUCUUUUCUCCACAAUAUAGAAUGAAAGGUAUGAGAGUGCUAGCAAAAUAAUUUAUAAUGAUAAUUGAAGGACAGCCACAAAUGGUUUCCUUACUCAAAGCCGACAACAAACAAUGUUUCUUUUUUGAGACGGUGAUAAAUCCCAACGAUCAAAAUCCUCUUCUAGCACUUUUGGCAGUAAAAAUGCAUGUGUGGACAGAUGCUGUAUUUCCUUAACCUUUAAUUUAUGUUUGUAAUGCUAAUGUACGUUUCAAAAGAGGUUUAAAAACGCUGCAGAUGGACAAAAUGUCUUGAAAUGAAUGUGAUACGUGUGGUGACUAUAACAGAAGUUCUAAAUUGCACAUAUAUAUAUAUAUUACUUGCUAAUUUAUUUGGUACGCCUGGAUUAAACUAAUACAGUGGCCUCUGUUUAUGAGGCUUUUACUGCAUCGGUUUCAGAGGGUUUUUUUUUUUUUUUUUGGGAAUGCUUGAUUUAUGAAAACUAAAUAGUGCACAAAAUAUCAGCACCAGAUUUAAAUAAAUCUUUCUGGAAAAAAUUUUUAAAAAACAAUCAUGAUAGUCUUUAUAAUUUUGUCUUUUGUUUGAUCUGUGUGUACCGAGUUCAUUCGCAAAUGAUUGUAUAUAUUAUAUCUUAAUGUACAGUGAAGAUUCUGAAGAUGAAGAGCAUGUGUGGGAGCUGUAGGGAAUUCUCUGGGGGGAAUGAAAUGCACCCCAUCAAACCAGAGAGGCUGAAUCAAAAAACUAAAAUUCCAUAGAUAUCUCUUUAAAAGACAUUGUGGAAAUUGUAUGAUAAUGUAUUUAUUUCAUUUGAUUUUUAAGAUUCUAUUUUUCUUUCAAGUUCUGUAUAUAUUGGCAUUAAAGAUCAUUAUUGACAUGUA